GGCGGUGUGUUUCUGUAUGCUGGAGGAGAAGAAGAAAGGACGCGGGGUUAGGAUUCUUUGAUUGGCUAUUUUAAGCCGGCGUGGUACGCACAUUGGUGUCCCCCGUACGCUCCUGUUUAGCCUUCCCGCUUCUGCGCAGCUCGAUCCGGCCGAAGCUACCCAGCCUGCCCCCUGUGUCUAUUUGCCUCUUGUGAGCAGCAUGUCUGAUUACGGCGGUCUGCCGACUAACGGAGUCGGUGCUGGGAUGAAAAACGACGCUUUUGCUGAUGCAGUACAACGAGCCAGACAGAUUGCAGCUAAAAUUGGUGGAGACGGUGUUCCUUCAGUGAGCAACAACGGAGGAUCUGAGAACUAUCCAUUCACAUCACAGAAACGAUCCCUGGAAGAAGCAGAUGAACCCGAUGCCAAGAAGGUAGCAUCACAGGGUGAAAUUGAUUCUGCAUUGUCUAUUGGAGCUCAGCUGGCUGCCCUGUCCCAACAAAGUGUCCGGUCCUCCACAAUGACGGAAGAGUUCAGAGUGCCUGAUGGGAUGGUGGGGCUCAUCAUCGGCCGAGGGGGUGAACAGAUUAACAAAAUACAGCAGGAUUCUGGCUGCAAGGUCCAGAUUGCGCACGACAGUGCCGGUCUUCCAGAUAGAAGUGUUUCUCUGACGGGUUCUCCAGAUGCCAUACAGAGAGCCAAGGCCCUCAUAGAUGACAUUGUGUCGAGGGGUCAUGAGGGUGCGACCAAUGGGCAGUCGGGAGGUUCCAUGCAGGAGAUGAUCAUCCCUGCAGGCAAGGCCGGCCUCAUCAUCGGUAAAGGAGGAGAGACCAUCAAACAGCUUCAGGAGCGGGCUGGAGUUAAGAUGAUUCUUAUUCAAGACGGAUCCCAGCCACCCAACAUAGAUAAGCCCCUGCGCAUCAUUGGAGACCCCUACAAAGUGCAGCAAGCAAAGGACAUGGUGAAUGAGAUUCUACGAGAGAGGGAUAAUGCCGGAUUUGGAGACCGGAGCGAAUUUGGAUCAAGGAUGGGAGGGGGUGGUGGUGGUGGUGGUGGAGGAGGAGGUGGCGGCGGCGGCGGUGGUAUCGGCAGCGGCGGUGGUGGCAUUGAUAUAGCUGUGCCCCGCCACUCUGUGGGAGUUGUAAUUGGCCGAAGUGGGGAGAUGAUCAAGAAGAUCCAGAGCGAUGCUGGAGUGAAGAUUCAGUUUAAACCAGAUGAUGGAACCGGUUCUGAUAAAAUAGCCCAUAUUAUGGGUCCACCAGACCAGUGUCAGCAUGCUGCAUCGAUCAUCACCGAACUGCUACAGAGCAUCCGUGCACGAGAGGAGGGCGGGCAGGGGGGCCCCCCCGGUGAAGGGAUGCCACCCGGUGGGCGGGGACGAGGCAGAGCCCAGGGCAACUGGGGCCCUCCGGGAGGAGAGAUGACCUUCUCCAUUCCUGCGCACAAAUGUGGGCUUGUCAUUGGCAGAGGAGGAGAGAAUGUGAAGUCCAUCAACCAACAGACCGGUGCGUUUGUGGAGAUCUCUCGUCAGCCGCCACCAAACGGUGACCCCAACUUCAAACUGUUUAUCAUCCGAGGGUCCCCACAACAGAUUGACCAUGCCAAGCAGCUUAUAGAAGAGAAGAUUGAGGCUCCAUUGUGUCCUGUGGGCGGUGGUCCUGGUGGUCCUGGUGGUCCAGGUGGCCCGGGAGGCCCAGGUGGUCCUAUGGGUCACUUUAAUCCAAACCCUUAUAAUGCAGGGCCUCCAGGUGGUGCUCCACAUGGAGCCGCACCUGGUGGAGCCCAGUACUGUCCACAGGGUUGGGGAGGUAACUACCAGCAGUGGCAAGCCCCUGGUCAACAUGACCCCAAUAAGGCAGCAGCAGAUCCUAACGCAGCAUGGGCAGCAUACUAUGCACAAUAUUAUGGCCAACAGCCAGGGGGUGCCAUGGCAGGCCAGAGCCCAGGAGCCCCUGCUGCAGCAGCACCAGGGGACCAGGGCCAGGGACAGCAGGCUUCUGGUGGCCAGCCAGACUAUACUAAAGCCUGGGAGGAGUACUACAAGAAGAUGGGCAUGACCCAGCCAGCUGGAGGGGCUGCAGCUGCUCCGGGCCCGGCAGCAGCAGCGGCGGCGGCAGCAGCGGCGGCAGCAGCAGGCGGGGGUGCAGCUGGAGGCCAGCAGGACUACAGUGCAGCCUGGGCUGAGUACUACAGACAGCAGGCUGCCUACUAUGGACAGCCAGGGCAGGGGCCUGGACAGGGCGGUGCUCCACAGCAGGGACAACAGGCCCAGUAAAACGAUUGGCUCAGCCUGUUUGAAGGUUGUGAUGGCCCUCUGGACUUGUUCGUCUUUUCUAUCAAGAGAUUUUCUUUUGGCUUUGACAAGACAAGACCAUUCUCAUCCAGCCAGACAUUUUCUAUUCCAAUCUACUUGUUUUUUUAAAGUCAAAAUUGAAGAGAAAAGGGAUCACAUUUUGCCCAUGCAUUGAACAAAGCACUAAAUAACUACUUGGGUUGCUAUUCAGUUUGCCCCUUCACCUCACCCACACCUUGUAAUAAUUUUGCUCAUUUAAAAAAAUAGUGAAAUGUGAUAAGCAUCUUUGUUUGCAAGCUAGCACAACAGCAUCCUGACACUGACUCACGUUUAAGUAGUUUUUCCCCUACAAUUUCCUGUGGGUAAAAAAAAACGUUCUAGCAGUAUUUUGAAUAUAUUCAGAAAUUAUGUUUGUAAGAAAAAUUAAACCAUUUUUUCUUUCUUCUUGGUACCUUUUUUUAACUUUUUUUUUAACAUUCCCAGUGUAUAUUGCAGGUGUAUUUUCCCCUGCUGUCCUGAUUUGUUAUUUUUAAUUUUAUUCAUUGUAAUUACUUUCCUUAAGGGGGUUGUGUGUGUCUGUAUACAGUGUAUGCUACUGAACAGAAAUGUGUGUAAGUUGGCUGUAAUAAGGCAUUAACUGUCCUACACAAUGUAGGUUGGUUGUGUGUGCAUGUUUGUGUGCUUGACUGCCCUCAGUUAAAUUUCCCCAUCUUUAUUGUCUGAUUUUGUUUUUUGGUUCCAAUAGGUCUGUUACUGUAUGCUGUUUUUGUUUUCUUCUUUUUUUUAGAUGUUAUUUUUUACAGCUUGUUUUUAAAUACUUAAAAUAAAACAUUCAAUUUAC